AAUGUCUCCACGAUUUUAUUUUAUUUUUUGAAAAAACAACCGCAAUACACAAACAUCGCUUCAAAGAAUCAAGACCCUCACUUUAACUCUCUGCUAAUUGCUAAAGAAUCUUUGAUUGUCCAAAAUCAUGGCUAACAAUCCCUCCCAGCUUCUCCCUUCAGAGCUUAUAGAUCGCUGCAUUGGGUCAAAAAUCUGGGUAAUUAUGAAAGGAGAUAAGGAGCUUGUUGGCACUCUAAGAGGAUUUGACGUUUAUGUGAAUAUGGUGCUUGAAGAUGUCACUGAAUAUGAGAUCACUGCUGAAGGGCGGCGGAUAACAAAGCUUGAUCAGAUUCUACUGAAUGGGAACAACAUUGCCAUUCUGGUUCCUGGUGGUUCCCCUGAUCCAGAAUGAGCAUGCAACGGUCCUGGUGGUUCCCCUGAUGAGUAAUAUUUGUGCAAUACAGGGUUCAUUAUCGAAUUCUUUCCUCUUUUAGACUGGUGUAAUAGCACAAAAUUAAGUUGACAUUGAUGGAACGCUAAGUUUCUAGUACUGACUACUGACUGCCAGAUUGGAAAAUUAUGCGAUAGUUGGGGAAAAUGAAAAGGCUGAUAUGGAAAAAAUCUAUUUUGAGCUACAAAGUUUCACUUUUGGCAAACUGAAGAGCUUUCAUGAUUAUCAAAAUUCCAUCAUAUGUUUAUGAUUUUA